UUUUAAAUAGUGCGGGUAAGGUAUUUUUGGCAUAUAUUGAUAAACGCACUCAAAUGAAAUUUAAGACGUCAAAUGUUUUUCAUACAGAAUUGAAAAAUUAAAUUACUGUUGCCUUCACUAGGUGGAACUUGAGUAUGUUUUGCUGCGUCAUAAAUUAGGUCAGUUACACGUUCGGCGUGUCGAGUUCGAGGAUAAGGAUGGCUAGACAUAUGUCUCAUGGGAUUUUUGUUGUUCUCGAAGGAGCAGAUCGUGUGGGAAAAACAACACAAGCAUUACUUCUAGCUAAAGCUUUGUCGGAAAUCACACAUAAAGAGACUCUGUCUGUGAAAUUCCCGGAUCGUGAUACUCCUCUGGGACGUCAACUAGAUUCGUAUUUAAGUGGGAAUGGUGAUAUUAAUAAACAUGCAUUACACUUAUUGUUCACUGCAAAUAGAUGGGAAAGGCAGUCUGAAAUCCGGAAGGCCAUUUCUAAUGGAAUACCUGUUGUAGCAGACAGAUAUAUAUAUUCUGGGAUCGCUUAUACAGCUGCUAAAUCUCCACCGACUCCAAACUGGGAAUGGUGUUGGGAAAUGGAAAAAGGUCUUGUAGAACCUGACUUAGUGAUAUGUUUAACACCAGGAAAUCUAGACGAAUUAAGUUCUAGGAAUGGUUAUGGAAAUGAGCGGUAUGAGAAUGAUGAUUUUCAAAAGCGUGUUCUGGAGAAUUAUGUCCGGAUUUCCAAAGAUGUUGAAUUAGAUAAUAAAGAUAAUAAUGAUGAAAAUGAUUCAGUUGGACUUUGGCAUUUCAUUCAAGCAACAGAUAAAACUAUCGAAGAAGUGCAUAAAUGUAUUAUGGUACUCGUUAAAUCUAAAUUGGAAUCGAUCAUUGGCCCAGAAAUUCAUGAAUGUACAAAUAAAAAAGAUUAAUAAAUGCCAUUACUAUGAAUUGAAAAUUGAAUUUGUUAUUGCUUAUUUAUGGUAUCACUAUUUUUCAUAGAAAAGGCUUUUCAAGUUGUGUUCACAUUGAUCAAUACAAUUGUGUAAAUCAACCCAGUCCAUUCUUUUGCUAUAGUAAUAGUCAUUCGUUAGCACAAUUGUAACAAGAUCAUAAGCUGUUUUGUCAUGUAAAUUUCAUUCCCUGGGACGUGAUGGAUUAAAUACACUUUAAAC